AUGGGCAUCAACCAAAUUGGACCCAAGAAAUAUGUAGCUUACAUCUUUGUCAGCUUCGACUUCCUCGGUUAUGCCGUUGAUGGCCUUGGCGACUCCGUCUCCCUCUCUGUCGACUCCUCCGUCCACCUUGGCCAGAUCUCCAUCUCCUAUAUCUCCGGCAACCCUUGCUCCAAGCUCAACCGUAACCCUCUUUGGAAUUGUGCUGGCAUUGCCGCCAUCGAGGUAAUGAAGAUGCUCAGAAUCCGAUCCAUCGGCCUUUCCCUCUCUCUCCACAAAGGCCUUCCUUUAGGUUCCGGACUUGGAUCCAGUGCCACUAGCGUCGCCACCGGCAUAGUCGCCAUCAACGAGAUUUUUGGUGGGAAACUUGGCUCUGAGGAGCUCGUACUAGCGAGAUUGAAAUCGGAGGAGAAGGUUUCGGGUUAUCAUGCUGAUAAUGUUGGCCCGGCGGGAAAUUUGAGACUGUACUCUGUGUUUAGUUGCUGA